CAUGCAGUACCUACUUCUUCACUUUAUAUCUUUCUAUAUAGACUUGAUAAGAAACUCCUUAUACCCAGGAUACUGACUCAGGCUUAUAAGGUCUUCAGCCCCGUUUCACUCACUACUUCAUAGCCUUGUCACCAGGAAUGUAUUUUCUUCUUCUCCCCUUAGUAGCCGUGCUUAUCACGGCGCCGAGUUGCCUUGCGGAAAGCUCUCCAUCGGCACCUAAACCCAAUUCACCUACAUACACUACGCUUGCCAACUACACCGGACAAUUCGCGAUUCGCGCCUACCGUCGCGACUCCGCUGCUGAUGGUUGGCAGUCCCAUGCCUGCAACAUCUCCGCCUACGGCGCGCCUUGCAACCAGCCGCCCUUGGAGGGCAACAGCGACUCUCAAGUCAAGAUUGAGUUUAAUGUGAAGAAUACGUCCGCCCCUUUCCGGACUUGGAAGAACGGCACGCCUCAGGAGGUUGUCGUACGCCUUGACUACGCCACAGUCUCCCAGGUCGACCGCGGCUGGCGCAAGAAGAACCAGGCUUACCCUGGGCACGGCUGGCAUGCCAAGUGGACUCUUGCUACCCUGCCUUGGAGCAGUUCUGGGGAGGCCGUUUGGAACCUUAGCGAUGCCGAUGAGGUCACCUCUGCCGUACUUUACGCCGAGGUCUGCGUCAUCUGCAGUUUCGAGGAUGGAACCAAGGACUACUGCAUGUGCGAUCGGCGCAACAGCGGCCCAGCUGCUAUUACCUUUGAGACAGUUGCUGCGGGGUCCAUCACGCCCAGGAUGCGUGGUGCGGCUAUUGCGCUGUCGAUCUUCUCUCCGGUCUUCCUGAUUGUGUUUGCGAUUGGGGAUAACCUGUAUUAUAAGCGCACUGGACGGGCGCUACGGUUUGGAGGGUGCUAAAGGGCUUUGGGGGGGUAAAAAGACGUUCUCUGAAGCCUUGGGAAUGCAUGGGGUUGCUGGCUUGGGGUGCAGUGUAUGCAUGGAGCCAGCGUGUACAAGUAUGCUUUGUUGUUCCAGGUAUUUAUUCAGCACACUAUGUUAGCUUGGCUCAUAAGCGACAGAUUUCGCACGAACUUCAACGUGUAUGUGUGUCGUAUAGCACUGGUGUUACUCGCAUUUGCGCGUUUGCGUAUGAGAGGGAGUGACAGGCAUGUUCCGCGUGUUGUUAGGUAGGAAGACCACUAAUCAAGUCCGUUAGUCAGGCUGUUUGCAUGCUGCUGGCUGAGCAUGUGCGCAAGACAUGACCUAGGCAUGUGUGUAGUACCCUGCAACUAGCGGUGUCAUAUUCGCAGACGCGAUGGGUGGGUGGGUUCCAAACCCUGAAACUCCGACCACUCUUUUCUUGCUCGAUAAGUUCGGUGAUGCCCCACCGGGCGUGAGCCCCCAUGAGCGGGCAUCGUCUUGUAACAGUGAAGGUUUA